AAUGGCUGAGUUAGCAACGGUUGCCAUGCACGUAGAUUCUCGCGAGAAGUCUUCACCACACCGUUCAAGGAAGAUGAACUUUGCUUGUAAAAAACUAUUCACAAGUGCAUCAAGAGCACUUUUAGUUAGGAAGAAUUUGAAAGAUCUGCCCUUGAAGACCUUUAGUACUGAAAUUCUACAGCCUAAAGCUCAGAAAGAAACAAUUACAAUCAAUUUUAUGAAAAAUGGAUCAAAAAUUCCAGCAAAAGCAAAAGUUGGAGAUCAUUUAUUAGAUGUAGUAAUAGACAAUGACAUAGAUUUAGAUGGAUUUGGAGCAUGUGAAGGUACAUUAUCUUGCUCAACAUGUCAUCUCAUAUUCACCGAUGAACAAUUUAAAAUAAUUGGUACAAAGCCAACGGAUGAAGAAUUAGAUAUGUUAGAUUUGGCUUACGAUCUUGUAGACACAUCAAGACUUGGGUGCCAGGUAUUCGUUACAAAAGAAAUGAAUGGAUGGGAAAUAGAAGUACCAGCUGGUGUCUCUGAUGCUCGUGACGUUUAG